UCUUGUCAAAGAUCUGUGUGAUUAAUAUCUUGUCAAAGAUCUGUGUGGUAUAUAUCUUGUCAAAGAUCUGUGUGAUUAAUAUCUUGACAAAGAUCUGUGUGGUAUAUAUCUUGUCAAAGAUCUAUGUGAUUAAUAUCUUGACAAAGAUCUGUGUGGUUUAUAUCUUGUCAAAGAUAUCAAUAGUAAGAUGAGAUAUAAUGUUGACAGUCUUUAAAAGGUUUAUGAUGGUUUCUGUCAGAAUAGCCGAGCGUAACCAAAUAUCAAAUUUCUUUAUUUGAUUUUAGAUUCUGUUAGGACACACGAGGACGUGUGAUGUUGCAGGAUGGCCGUGACGGCGUAUCAAGAAAAUAUCAUAUAACUACCUCAUUUUAAGAAAAUUAUUUGAUUAUAUUUCUUUUGUUUAUAUUUAAAUGUGUUCGUUUAUUUAUGUGAUUAUAUUUAGUUGAUAAAUAUUACAAAUGUAAUUUUAAAAAGACACUCAAUUUAUUUUAAUUUUGCUAAGAGCCGACGCUAACGUCAGUUAGAUUGUCGAGUGGGGUUGCUAGUGGCGCCAACUUCGUAGCAGUCACCAAGGUAUAUAAAUGGGAGCAGUCGCAUUGUAAGGGCAGUGUUCACUUGGACACGGUGUUGGACGCACACUCGCCAAUCCACGUGGCUCAAAUUCAUAAUUGCUAUUCUAUAAUAGUAAAUUACUUUCGUGGUGUUAAUCAAAUAGUGCCAAGUGAAAUAAAGUUAUUGCAAAGUGUAUUGCAGUUUUAAUCAUUGGAUUGCAAUAUGAGUGGGUCACAAGACCCUAAUGGGCUCGGCGCUCCGACAUAUACAUGUGUGUGUCUGUUAUUAUGUUGCUUUUUUUUAACAAUUGACUAUUCUGAAUGAUUGAGCAGUCAAUGGUUAAAUUUUGACAAAAACAAAGAAGUGUGGCUGGACUUAUAAUGGUAAAACUCUCUCAGCUGGUAUGGAUGUGGAACUGAGAAAUAAAUUGUUCCUCAUAAAUUUUUAUGAACUUUUUCGAAUAUGAUAUAAAAAGCAAAAAAUUUAAUUUAAGAUCCUAUCCAUACCAGAGGACAUACCGAAGGUGGAUACAAGUUUUGUUGAAGCAUAAUUUGCAAAAUGCUUGCAAAGUUUGCUUCGAAUAAAAAAUCCCAAAACUAUAUAAGACAGGAUGCUAUUUGGGCCAGUGACAAUGACUGUGAUAUAAAUAUAUAAAUUUUUAUCAUUAAAAUAAUUUAUCCUAUAAUAUUUUAUACAUUGGCAUUAUAGCUGUGAGACAUGUGUGAUAGUUUUAAUUGAAAGAAAAAAAAAACUCAUGCCUUUUUUAUUUAUAUAAUAUAUUUAUAUCUUAAAUAAUGACUGACUUUGUCUCAUAUUGUUUUGGAUACAGAUGUUUACAUUAUUUGUCACACAAGUCGGCCACACUUCUAUAAUUUUGGCAAACAAAGGCUCAGACAUUGACCAAGAGUUUCUGCUGCGAGAAGACUAUAUACGUGCACCAGCUCGGACGUAAUGUGACAGGCCGUGAGACCGCAUCGAACAAACAGACAGCGAGCAAAUCCUGCGCUCUGUCGAUAGUCCGGCAAUUGUAUCACCUCGGUGUGAUUGAAGCCUUUAGCGGUACACUCAAAAAGGAUAGAUCAGCCGAAAAUGUUAUGAAGCCCUACAAAGUGGUCAUCAAUCCCCAGUUAGAGGGGAAACUAGAAAAUACCUUGAAAGCUCUGAACAUAGAGCCAGUUGAUGUAGAGGCGAAGGUUGCGCAAGAUGCUGGUUGUGGGGUGACAUUAUUACACGACGACAUUGUGAAGGCUAUGAAGGAAGUCAAACACGCGACAUCCGGUGUGAUCUCCUGGUCGCCGCCGCAAGCCAACUGGAACGCAUGGACGGGAUUUAAUAUUGAUGAGGGGCCGUUAGCCUCCGCGACUUUGGAUAGCAUUUCAAAUGAUUUGGAAAGGCUUCAUCGUGAUUUGUGUCAGAACAGUCAAAUCUACCAGGAGAUCCUCAAGGAAAGGGAACAGUUGCCAGUGUAUGGCAUGAAACCGGAUAUAAUGCAGGCGAUUAAUGACAACCCCGUGGUCAUAAUACGUGGCAACACUGGUUGUGGGAAAACUACUCAGGUCUGCCAGUACAUUCUGGACGAUUACAUAGCCAGCGGUUCUGGUUCGUACGCUAACAUUUGCGUGACGCAGCCAAGGAGGAUAUCGGCGGUGAGCGUCGCCGAGAGGGUGGCGGCGGAGCGCUGCGACGAGCUGGGGAACAGCGUGGGUUACUCUGUCCGCUUCGAGUCGGUGAUGCCCCGUCCGUACGGCUCCAUACUGUUCUGCACUGUAGGAGUUCUGUUGAGGAGAUUGGAGGGGGGCCUGCGGGGAGUUAGCCACGUGCUAGUCGACGAGGUGCAUGAAAGAGACGCAGAAACAGACUUCGCCCUCAUCCUCCUACGUGACAUGGCCCACACGUAUCCCGAUCUACGUGUUAUACUUAUGUCAGCUACGGUCGAUACUUCGCUUUUUGUUGAAUAUUUCGGCAAUUGUCCCGUUAUAGAGGUGCCCGGUCGUAGUUAUCCAGUGAAGCAAUAUUUUCUGGAAGAUUGUAUCGAAUUGACCAAAUUUAAUCCCCCCCCGGAUGCUAGGAAACGGAAGUUGUCAUCUAAGAAGCCUGGCGAGGACGACGACGAUGAAGGUUUAGAAGGUUUCGGAGUCGACGACGAGGAGGACUUGAACAAAAACAACGAACUCAGCCCGGCGGAGUACUCGCGACACACUAUAGACGCCAUGUCUAAAUUGUCAGAAAAAGAUUUGAGUUUCGAGCUGAUCGAGGCGAUACUGACCUACAUCAGCAGUCAGGAUGUAGAGGGCGCUGUGCUUAUAUUCUUGCCGGGCUGGAAUCUAAUAUUCGCGUUGAUGAAGCAUUUGAUGAAGAACAGCGUGUUCGGUGAUCCCCAGAAAUGUUUAAUCCUGCCACUACACAGUCAGAUACCGCGGGAGGAGCAGAGGAAAGUGUUUGUAGCCCCCCCGCCCGGGGUGAUGAAGGUUAUAGUAUCAACGAACAUAGCCGAGACGUCAAUAACUAUCAACGACGUGGUCUACGUCAUAGACUCGUGUAAGGCGAAAAUGAAGCUAUUCACUUCACACAACAACAUGACGUCAUACGCCACGGUCUGGGCGAGCAGGAGUAAUAUAGAACAGCGGUCAGGUCGGGCGGGUCGAGUCCGGGCCGGUGUUUGUUUCACUCUGUGUUCCAAACGACGAUUUUCGCGUCUCGACCAACAUCAGACAGCCGAAAUGUUCAGGACGCCAUUACACGAACUCGCUCUAAGUAUCAAAUUACUUCGCCUGGGUAACAUCGGUCACUUCCUGUCCAAGGCGCCGGAGCCACCGCCCCUAGACGCGGUCAUAGAGGCGGAGGCCCUACUCCGAGAACUCGGCUGUUUGGACUCCAAAGACAAUAUCACUCCACUAGGGACCAUACUCGCGAAACUACCCAUAGAACCUCGUCUCGGUAAGAUGAUGGUGCUGGGUUUCGUGCUGGGUGUGGGUGACGCCCUUACCACGAUGGCGGCUAACUCGACAACCUUCCCCGAGAUUUUCGUGGUAGAGGGUCGGAGGCGGUUGUCGGGACAACAGAGAGCGCUCGCCGGGCACAGAAGCUCGGAUCAUAUAGCUAUGUUGAAUGCCUUCCAGAUGUGGGAAGGGGAGAGAUCUAAGGGGGAGGAUGCGGAAAUUGCGUGGUGUGAGUGGAAGGGACUCCAACAAACAACCUUGAGGGUCACCUGUGAGGCUAAAUAUCAGUUAAUAAAUAUUCUCACGACGUCAGUCGGUUUUCCCGAGGAAUGUUGUCCACCGAGGAGGUGGCUUCCCAACGUAUCAGAUCCUGAACUGGACCUGGUUAUAGCACUGCUUUGUAUGGGACUAUACCCUAAUGUAUGUUUGCAUCAAGGGAAACGGAAGGUAUUAACAACAGAGGGUAAGCCGGCCUUGAUUCAUAAGACAUCAGUUAAUUGCAGCAAUCAAGAACAAUGUUUCCAGUCUCCGUUGUUUGUGUUCGGUGAAAAGGUUCGUACUCGCGCGAUUAGCUGUAAACAGACCACCAUGGUGGCGCCACUGCAUCUGCUGUUAUUCGCCAGCAGGAAGGUUGAAUGGAUAGACAACAUGGUCCGUUUAGAUAAUUGGUUGAAUUUGGAGAUGUCACCUCGCACGGCAACCCUGGUGACGUCACUCCGACCAGCCAUCGAACGCAUCGUGGAGAGAGCGGCAGCGAAACCGGAUGCAGCAUUACAAUUCUCACCUCAAGAAAUACAGGUAAUAGAUUGUUUAAAAGAACUGUGCGUCAUGGAUGCUGGCGACUAUAAUAUUCAGCGACAGACCCCGACAGUAGCUUACAGACCUAACGAAUACAAGAGAGGGCAUACAAGAGGAUGGGGCACUAAUGCACCAAGAGGCUCUACAGGUUUUCAUGCAGGUUUCAGCAACCAGCCAAGUGGUUUUGGUAAUGUAGGUUUUAGAGGUCAGCGCAGAGGAUUUUCAAACCAUGGGAUCGGAUAUGGAAACCAGGGAGAGGGCUUCGGAAAUCAGAGAGGUUUCGGCAACCAAAAUAGACCUCGUUUUGAAGGCAGUUUCAGAGGUAGAGGUUUUUACGGCAACACUGAUGAUAGAUAUGAUUCUAUAAGAGGAAGAGGUUACGGCCAAAGAGGUUUUAGAGGCAGAGGGAGAUGGUGAUUCAGUUAAAAAUAUAAAUUUAAUAAAAAAGAAAGUCUUGACUAAACAA